GCAUUUUGCAAUGCUCGGACGGGCGAGCAUUUGGCUCGUGGCGCUGGCCGGCGUCGCGCAGGCGGCGACAAAGGAGCUCACAGAUACAUGCAGCGGCGGUGGCGCCUUUGGCCUCUAUCGCCGCGAGUCGGGCUGCGCGAUCGGCAACUGCGACUGCUUUCCAAUCAUUUACGAGUGCGACGGCCGCCUCGCCGACGGCAUGGGCCAGUGCGCGCUGUCCCGCGUCGGCUGGUCGCUCAUUCUUCUGGCGUUCGCCAUCAACUUGAUCGUGCCGGCGGUCUUUCUCGUAAGCCACAACAUCAUGGAGCUCGCCAAGGACAAGGCCGUGAGCAGCAACAGCGACGAGCACGUCCCCAAUGCGAUGGACCAGUCCAAGGAGAGCCACGGACAGUUUUACAUUGACCUGCGCCAAUUUCGGACUUCGGUGCCCGAUACGGCUCUCGGUCUGCGCGCCGAGCCAAAGAUCUUUUUGGAGACCAUGUCCAAGCGCUGGGUCCAAGUUGUCUGCUACUGGCUCGUGCUUGCCUCGCUCGGGUGCUUUGCACUGCUCGUUCCGCCCAUUUCAAUGGACGAGACGUCGUUUCCGCUAGUGCGUCAGAACACGACCGAAAUCAACGCGACAGCCUACACGAUUGCGAGCUCAAGCACGAACGACUUGCCGGGCUCCACGCGGUUUCUCUCCCUUCAAGGGGACUUUUGCGGGGUCGCCAACGACGCCUUGCCGACCCAAGGCGCGUUCACGCUGUCAUUGGCGUACAACAUUACAUUUGCAAUGGACGGUGUCGUGCUGUUUGACCAAAUCAACGGCUUCAAAGCGCUCAACUGCGUCUGCGACCACGGCAGUUGCGCGCUGCGCAAAGUCGAAGAAGGCGCAAUGGGGGCGCUUCCGCUCGUGUACUUUCCGUGGUACCAAGAUGCGUGGCACCCGUUCAAGAACGGGACAGAGGAGCACACGUUCUCGGUCGCCGCGUCCUUCUCAUUUGCGUCGCACGACUUGAUUCCGUUCAUGCGACUCCGGCCCGUGGCGCACUUGCUCUUCCUGUCGCACCAUGCGUUCAUGGAGCGCGUCUUGGACAUUGUGAACCUGUGCGUCUUCUUGCUCGACAUGGGCGUGCUGCUCACGUACGCGGUCAAGGUGCGGUCCGCACCGUGGCUGCCCGAGCGACGGGUCGUCUACGUCAUGUGCGGCGUCAACUUGUUGGCGAGCUGCCCGAUGUUGUAUCUCUCCGAGUACUUGGACCUCUCGGAGAGCUUUCAGGCCAUGCUGUACGCGAGCGAAGGCGUGUUUGCACUCAGCUGCGGUCUCUGGCUGCUCGCGUUCCUCUUCCUCCUCGACAUGCAGCGCACGCGGACCUUUGGCGCUCGCUUCUUUGUCGGCAAGUUUGUCCUUGGCACGUCCGUUCUGAGCCUGUAUCUCUACACGUACUUGUAUGCAGCCGACCAGUACCUCUCGCUCCUCAACUUUGGACUUGCGAUCUUUUGCUCGACCAUCUACAUGGGGCUCAUGGUCGACGUGCGCAACAAUCUGCGCGCGCAUGCGUACGCAGAGACGCGCCCCGAGCAGCUCACGGCGCGGCUGCUCUAUGUCAUUGGGCUCACGGUCAUGUACGUCUUCUUCUUUGUCGCGCUCUUUGCCGACCCGCUCCCGACCGUCUCGCCGUUUGUGCCCAAGACGGUCAUCCUCACUGACUUGGCCGUGCAGCUCAUUCUCCGGACGGCGACGUGGGUCCUUGCUGUGCUCUUUUUGCCGCCGACGAAGACCACCGACCGCCACCACCACGUCUACUACACCCGCGCUCGGACCAAGCUGCCGCGACUCACGUCGUCGCAGCGCGACUUUACGCUCGCCCACCUCAAGCAAGUCGUGGGCGGACGCUACAACCGGUCUCUCUCGCUCGACGAUGGCUAUCUCGAGUGGCGUGCGCCCGAUGCAUUCGUUAUCGAGACUGCUUGCGCUCUAUACAACCAGUCGAUUGCGAUCUACGAAGAACCCGACUUUGACACGGAAAAAGGGUGCUACGUCGUCGCCAGCGACGCACAUUGGACCCAAGACGGGCUCACGCUCGUCCAGCACUUCUACGAUGCGAUGACCGACACGUACGGGUGGGUUCUCGCUGGCGACAAGCGCGUCGUCGUUGUCUUCCGUGGCACGCUGAGCGCCGCCAACGCUCUCACCGACCUCCAAGUCCACAUGACGCGACCCGCGUUUGGAGUCGACGACGAUGACGGGUCCAUGGUCCACGCAGGGUUUCACUACGCCUACAUGACGGUGCGCGACACGAUCCGCAGUAUCGUGCAGACCGCGAUGGCGUCCAUGCCCGAGUGCCAGCUCUACGUCACCGGGCACUCUCUCGGCGGUGCGCUCGCGACGCUCAUGGCCUACGACGUGGUCACUGACAACCGGUGGCGCCUGAUGGAAGACAUUGUCGUGUACACGUACGGCAGCCCCCGCGUCGGCAACCACAAGUUUGCGGCCGCGUUCAAGCGCGUGGUGACCAACUGCUACCGCGUGUGCGCGGACGGCGACGCGAUCGUCGGCACACCCAAGCGGUCGCUGGCGGCGCUCUGCUUUGCGCACCUCGCGUACAAGCACGUCGGCGACAACGUGCUCUUGUCGACGCGCGCCAGAGGCACGUUUCUCAUCAACCCCAACAUCGUCGAGCGCGCCUUCAUCUCGCGCCUCCGCGUAAAUGCAAUCGCGCAUCUCGGGCCGGCGUACAUGAACCUGCUCGAGAACGGCACCAACUUUACGAAAAAAACCAAGUACGUCAGCGCCCGCAACUUUGACGAAGCGACGCCACUGCUCUACGACGCCAUCUAAGUGAAUUUGACGUUCCUGGCGUUGGAGACUGUAGAGAUGUCCCUUGUAACGUCGUACAGUGCGGAUGUUUGGGUAUUGCA